GGAGACCGAACGUGUCGUGUCUCUCUUCUUACUAAUACUAGAGUCCAGCGAGCAGUCGCGAGAGUCGAGCCAGGAAAGAUGGCUGCUGGCUGUUGUGGAACGAAGAAGCAAAAGCUCAAUAAUUCAACCAGCAUUCCGUGCAAUGGCUCGACCGUAUUGCAAAAUGGCACCCAGAUUCGCUAUUCCACGAUAGUACAACCGGAGAUGGGUUUCUUUUGCUUCGACGUACUUUACUGCCAACUACAUCAACUUGACCCUCCAAAAACGCCCAACUUCAGCAACGAUGCAUUCCCUUUAUUCGUUACGUGGUCUAUUGGAAAAGACAUGAGAUUAAGAGGCUGCAUCGGUACAUUUAAUGCUAUGCAUUUACACGCCGGAUUAAGAGAAUACGCUACUACUAGCGCAUUUAAGGAUUCUCGUUUCAAUCCGAUAACAAGAGAAGAGUUGCCACGCUUACAUGUUAGCGUAUCUAUCCUUAGAAAUUUUGAAGAUGGAGUUGACUAUUUAGAUUGGGAAGUUGGAGUUCAUGGUAUCCGCAUAGAAUUCCAUAAUGAAAAGGGUAAUAAGCGGACCGCUACUUAUUUGCCUGAUGUAGCACCGGAACAAGGAUGGGACCAGAUACAGACAAUAGAUUCCUUGCUGCAUAAAGGUGGUUAUAAAGGAUUGGUUACUCCAGACAUUAGACGUAGUGUGAAGUUAACUCGUUACCAGAGUGAGAAGGUCACUGUGAGCUAUCAAGAUUAUAUGACACAUUGGCACUGCCGAAGAUGCUAGCAGCUGGCCUGGGGUCCUCCACAAGGGCCCCUACCUUCUCAAACUUCUGUCGCAGUUCGUUAUAACAAUACUGAAGAAACAUCCCAUUUUCAAUACAAUAAUAGCACUCAAUACAACUCGUUUGUGGCCAGUCAGCAGCAUACAUUAGUGAUGGUACAACCUAAUCAUCCAUCGUUCAUACAUCCACUACCCAUGUCUCCUGUAUCUCCCGUUGUAGUACCUGUACAAGAUUAUCCAUCUUUUUGGUGGGACCGUGCAGGACCUUCCUUCCCUCCUCCACAUACACAUCCUCGUACCCACCGAUUUACGACACAAGAAAAUAUGGAUCGUGGGGUGCGCAAGCGAAAAUGACAUUGGAGGCGGCUGUUACUUGCAAUCUUUCACUGUUUGAAGUGGUGCCUAUUGUAUUUUGUAUGUUUUAGCAUACACAGUCUCCCUUUUAUGAUACCAUACAGUCCUCCUUGAGGAUGAUAGAACUAUAAGUAUGAUGGCAAUAUUAUUACUUAAAAUAUUAUUCCUAUAUCAAACUAUUAAUAAAUUCACUUUGUUUAUUUAAAUAUUGAACUUAAAAAUAUCAUUAUAAUGAUCGGAUAAUGAAAUUAAUUAUUUAAUUAAAAAAAAAAAAAAAAAAAAAAGAAAAUAUCUCUUCAAAAUCCAUUUAGCAAAUGUGAAAGAAUUUAGAACGUUUUAACUCUAUGUCUCUUUUUUUCUCUCUCUUUCUCUCAGUAAUAUAUUAAGCGAGGUAUACUAGCGCUAAUGAAAUAGAACUUAAUUAUUAAACGAAUCUUAGCACUUAAACAUGCGUUUAAAGCGUUUUGCACGUGAUUAGCUCCUGCCAUCAUACUAAGCGGAUCUACAUCGAUAUCUUUAUCUGCAGUGUAUGGGUGAUAUAUAAGUAAUUAUAUAGCACAGCAAAGAUAAAAACACACACACAGUCUCUUUAAAACUGUACAAAUUCGAUCAAAGAUAUAUGCAUAUAUGUUUUUGAAUUAUAUUGCAUAUAAUCUGCAAGAAAUAUAGAAUAUUCA